AUGAGUGCCAGGAACCUUCCCGCCAGCGCGCCACGCACUCCCGCUUCGUCGGUUCGCCGCCCGCCGCCCGCACUGCGGGGUGCGCCGGGUUCGCGCGGCCGCGUGGCUGCCGCGAUCUCGGUCUCGCUGGUAUUUGCACAUGGCGAUGCCGUCCAGGCAGACGUUAGUGCGAGCGAGGAGGCGCUCUCGCGUCAACUGGACCGCGACACUGCAGGCGAGCGGAUGAGUCUGCGCUCCCGUCGCUCCAGCGUCGCAACGCUCUCGUCCAUGCGCACAGACUGCUCGUCCCACCUCCUCGCGUCUGCUGUUCCAGAGGAGGACGAGGCGGGGCCCUCGAUUUCACGUUCCCCAUAUCCCCAUGACCCCACAUCAUCCGCAUCACUUCCCCACGACACCGACUCUUCCCUUCCCGCAACUCCGCGGAUGCGCCGGCGUCGCGCCAGCUCGCGCCGCUCCGUUCCCCACAGGGGCAGCCCCACUCCCUCCAUCUCCGAACAAAGAGCCGCCACCCAGGAGAGGCGAGAUAGCGCAUGCGUGAUGUGCGAGCCGGGCCCUACGACACCGCGCCUCAAUCCCAAACAAAGUGGAGCGUGGUUGCGCUGGAACUCGCCCGCGCCCUCGUUCCCAAAGAAGGACAAGGGCAAGGCGCGUGCCGAGUCGCCUGGGGCUGCAAACGUUGCAACCAUGGUGACAGCCGCCGAUCCCGAGCCCAGGACACCUGACCCAACAACACCUGUCAUGCGGCCAACCGAGCCUCCAGCCAAGACCACGCCAAAUGGGUGGCGCUACUACUUCUGGGGUGGAGGUGGCGACGCCUCCACGUCCACUCAUCACCUCGUGCCUCCACCCUUGCUUCCCAACGACAUGACCGACCCCGCGGUUGUGGCCGCCGAGCUCGCGCUAUCCAAGGUCGAGUCCCACGAUACUCUGCACGCCAACGGCAGCGCGAAUGGCAACGUGAAGCGCAAGAGUGUGGAGGUGAUCCACACAACCUCUGCCCUCGCAACGCCCUCACCCUCAGCUCCACCAUCUCCGCGCACGUUGACCAGUGUUGAUCACCGCGGCGGCGAUAAGGCUCGAAAGGCGAGUUCCAAGGUGGGCUCCAAGGUUGCUUCCAAAACGACAGCAGCUGUCACCAACGCCGCGCCCUCCAAAGUCACUCCCGCCCCCAAGCCUGAAGCCACGCCAGCCGAGCCGCCAGCACCAACGUCAACAGCCGACAUCCUCGCGGCACCACCGCCUGUCGAAGGAAGUCUCCAGCCACCGGCAGAGAUAUUGUCCGCACGUUCAUCGUCGGAAGCACAGAGACCGAGGUCCAGAUCGCCGUCGACGUCCGCGGCGCCCGCACAGGGAUGGGGCUCGUACCUGGCAUCUUGGGUCUAUCCGUCUUCCGCACCUGCUGGGCAAGCGGGCCUUCCUGCAUCCACCACGUUGAUUACAACUGAACCGGAAGCAAUUGUGGAGCACGACGAGUCGACAUCAGCCAUCGAGCUCAGUAACCCAGCAGAAGAACAGAAGCCCAUCGCUGAGAAUGAGCAUCCUGCUGCCGACUUCCACACCAGCGAGCCCGAAAUCGAGCUUCCGCCCGAUGAGCCUCAUCUUGCCCCGCCGCCUUCGCCUCAGCCGAAGUAUGCCACGUCCACCACCUCCACAUCCGGUUGGUUGAGCUACCUCGCGUUUAGGGCGACACAGAAGAGGAUCACCGCCUCGACUAGGACGUUGGACGGCGAGGAGAUCAUGGACCUCGAGAACGAUCCGGACUUCCCCCAAUCGGAGGGCAAUCAUCCUAAGACCACGGGCCCGGGGCUGUCGCGCGAAACGAGCCACUCGAAAGCUACUGGCGUCAAUCUCUCGCGCCAGGCGAGCCUGUCGCAGGCCGGCGGCAAGGGAGGCGCGCCUGUGAAAGCAACCGGUGCCAACCUCCUAGGACAGGCCAGUCACUCCCAUCCGGCUGCAUCGGACAAGGUCGCUGGAUCACAGUCCAAGGCAACGGCUGGUAGUGUCAAAGACAAGCCCACUGAAUCCCGUGCCGAGGAUCGCCGAGACUCCGCUGCGGCCCUCCAGCAUCCAUCGCCCCAGAAGCUCGCUCACAAGCGGUCGCAGAAUCUCUCCGUCAAUCGCAGCCGCCGCCUCUCCAACGCGUCCUCCACAUGUACGGCAGGGAGUGGGUCGCAGCCCGUCGCUUCCGCGUCCCCAAGAGUCGCUCAAGGAAACGGCCAGGCAUCCAAAGGAGCUUCCGACCUGCCGGGUCCAGCUAAGGCGGCGCCUAAACAGCAGAACUUUGUCAUUCCCACGUUCGACAUCACAUUCGAUCGCCCACCGCGAUCCCUUCUUCCACGUCAUCCCGAACCUCCCGGAGCGGCCGGAUUAGCUCUACGCGCUUUCAACUACGUGUACAACACGCAACGGGCCGAUCCACCAGACGAAACGCGAGGCAAGAAGGCAGGCCGUGACAUUGGAGCCACCCUCCCUCGGCGCAUGGGAUUGGGCAGUGGCAGCUCUGACGACGGUUGGCGAGAUGUCGAGCGCGUGGUCGUCAUUGGGGUGCAUGGAUGGUUCCCAGCGAAGAUGUUGACUUCCGUCAUUGGUGAGCCGACGGGCACGUCGACCAAAUUUGCCAACAUGAUGGGCGAGGCGGUCCGCAAAUUCUUCAAAGAGAGGGACGUCGACGAGCACGACAUCAGGCUCACUCUUAUCCCGCUCGAGGGCGAGGGCACGAUCGAGCACCGCGUCGACAGGCUAUACAAGCAAUAUCUGUCCAACCCUGCCUGGAUCAACGACCUACGUCGCGCCGAUGCCGUCCUAUUCGCGGCGCAUUCACAGGGAUGCAUCGUCACGACGCAUCUCAUUUCGCGCAUGAUCGCACAGGGACAUCUCCGCACGACAACGAACCGCGAGGCGACGGCCAGAUGCGAAUGGGCCUUCGGGCCCAUUGGUAUCAUGCCGAACGAGGAGUCAAGGAAGGGGCGGCAACUCGCAGCGCGGAUGAGCGGGCGUGAAGGCGGGCGGCAAAAGGUGGCCGUGCUGGCCAUGUGUGGCGUCCACCUCGGCCCCUUCUACUCAAUAUCGACGUCGAGCGUUAUCCAGCCCUACCUUCAGUGGUUCGAGAACGCGGCUGCCCGCGAGCUCUUUGAAUUCCAGGACUCGACGUCGGCCGUGUCGGUCGCGUACCAGCGAGCGCUGGCGAUGAUCCUCGAGAACGAGGUCAAGAUUCUCCUCCUGUCGUCGCUCAACGACCAGGUCGUGCCGAUCUACGGCGCGUCGUUCUCCACAGCCUCACAUCCUCUCCUUCUGCGCGCUCUCUACGUCGACGGCGCAUCGUACUCGGCCUCGGACUUUAUGACCAACCUCCUCUGCUUCGCGUUCAUGCUCCGCAACGCGGGCAUCGACGAUCAGCGCUUGAUAGAACACCUCUCCGAAGCCACCGCAGGCUCCCUGACUGGCGUGGGACACAGUACCCCCUACGAGGAGCUGGGUUGCUACUCGCUCGCCGUACAAUAUCUCUUUCACACCGGUCCGGCAGCACAGCCCAUGCCACCGCUCGAAGUCGAGCCCUUCGCGGCUCGCGAUUCGCGCAACGAUUUCGAGCUGCCGUGGAUCAUGCGUGCCCUCGUCGACAGUCCCGAGGUCAAAGACCUGUUCGCGGACGAGCUCCGCACGCUCAAGGACAACAUCCUGGCUUGGAAGCCCAACACCAAGGCACUCAAGGAGAUCAAGAAGCGCCUCGAGCCAAUGGCGGGUCGGCAGCGCCCGUCCCCCCUCUCCCAGCUGGCUAAGAGCGGGAGCUCCACGAGCCUCGCCAGUGACGCCACGGGCGUGGUACCCGGAACGGCACAUGCCAGGAGCCACGCCAAUACUAGAAAACCACCAGCACCGGCUCCAAAGGCCGUCAUGACCAUGGUCGGUAGAUAG